AUGAAUGAGUCUUUAGAAAGUAUCUAUCCAAAAACAAUAAGAGGUUACUAAUUUGAAAGCGUUAUUGGAUCUGGAACUUAUGGAGUUGUUUGCAAAUAUAAAAAGGAUGGAGUGCACUAUGCUUUUAAAUUUGAAACACAAAAUUCUAAUUCUCAAAUGAUUUAAGAAAAAUAAAGACUCAGAAAGCUUAAUGCAUAUAACGAAGAAAUAGCAGAUCAAAGUUUAAAAGUAAGAAUUCCGAAAAUGUAUGGUGAUGGGUCAUAAAAAUCUGUGACAAAUCCAAGUAUUAGUUUCAACUAUCUAAUCUUAGAUUACUUUGAGUAUGAUAUCCUUAGAGGCUCAAAAUACUUAUAAAAAAGUGAACUAGCCCUAAAAAUGAUUUAGCAACUAUAAAAUCUUCAUAGGUCAGGAUGUAUUCAUCGUGAUAUCAAACUUGAUAACUUUAUGAUUCAACAGAACGAGGUUUAUCUAAUUGAUUUUGGUACAUCUAAAGACUAUAGGCUAGUCUAACCAGACGGCUCAACAAUUCACAUUCCCUUUAAAACUUCUUGCUAAACUUAAGGUACUCCAUAUUCUACUUCUAUAAAUUCUCACAGAUGUAUUGAAGUUGCAAGAGUUGAUGAUCUUAUAUCACUUAUUUACUCCUUACUAUGGCUAUGGGAAGAAAAUCUUCCAUGGAAGGAUGCUUUAAAUGACUUAACUAAUUCUAAAUUAUAGAUUAAUGAAUAGUUUGCUCUUUGCUAUAAGUUAAAGUUAAAGUUAAAAAUAGAGCAUCUUAAGAAAAAAGACAGCAAAAUUCUUUUUUAAUUAUUGAAACACUACUUAGAACCAAUGCAGGACUUAUAGUUUGAAAAUAUUGAUAUUGAUUAUGAAUUCAUCAAACGUACCGUUGCAUAAAUAGAGGAAAUAAAAACAGAAAAUGAUUUUAAUGCAUUAUUAACAAAUAUCCAUGCAGAGGGAAAUUUUCUCACAAAAGAAUCAAACGAUAUCUCAACAUUUAAUAAGAAUGCUAGAGAUGAAUGCAAUCAGACAGAAAUCGAAGAAUUAACCUAGACAACCAAUAAUUUAACAAUUGAUCACUUUAGUAACAAUAUUUCAUUAAAACUGAGUAAUUAUUCACAGAUAAGAUAAGUUAUUUCUAGGAAUUCAGCUCCUAGUUUGAAUAAUUAUGUCAAUCAAGAGCAAAUUAUUAGUUAGAAAAGCUCAUUGGUAUCAAGUAAUAGCUCAGUUAUUUAUAACCCAGAAAAUAUAUAAGCUUAAACUAAUUUGAAAUCUUAAGUAUUUCAACUUUCUAUUCAAAGCCAAUAGGGAAAAGACAACAAUAAUAAGUAUUAAAAUUCUAGGAAGUUAGAGUUUUCACUUAUUCCAAUCUAAAGGAAAUAAAGCCAAAAUCAUAUAUCUUAAUCAAUUUAACUUGAACAGUAUUAGAAUUUUAACAUCCAAUGUUUUAAUAAGCAAACAAAGUAGAAUAUUGAAAACUUGCCAUUUUAAACUAAUAUAUACAGGGGAUAGAAUUAAAUCAAACUUAAAAUAUAGACGCUAAGACUUAAUGAAAUUUAUAAAGUUAUUUAAAUAGCUAAAGAAAACUUAUAAAUUGAAUUAAAAAAUGAUGAUUUAAAAAAAGUUAAAUAGCAAAAUGAGGAUAGCCCAUGUGCUAAUAAUGAAUUAAGAUCUAAAAUUCUAGAAGGAAGUAGGAAUAAUGCUAUUUUGGCUUUUGAAAAAAUCAAUAUUAAAUUUGAUAUCAUUAACCCUAAAAAUGAAAUUCAAAUGAUUCAUAAAGCUAUUGAAACAGACGAUGAUGAAAUAUUGGUAAAGUAUGAAUAAAAGUGUCUUGAAAUUCAUAAUCUUAAAUCUAAACUAUAUGACUAAGGUGAGGAAAUAAAAAAACUAUAGAACCAAAUUCAAUAAGACUGCUAUCUUAUGACAAAAUACAGUCAUCAAGAAUAAAAUUGCAAUAUUAGUAUGAGAGAAUAAUCCAUAAAAAAUUAAGUAAAAAAUCUAGAACAAUCAAAUUCUGCUGAAGAAUCUAAAAAUUCAUUUAAUGAUAACUCAAUCAAUUCGAUUCCAGAUUUUGAAGAUGUAUCUGAUGAGCAUAGUGUUGGUAAUUUGAAUUCUAUUGAUUCAAAAAAGCUCAACAGUGUUGUAAAUCAAUACAAAUACUAAAGUUUAAGAAAUAGAGUAGGUUUGGAUAAACCUAAAAUGAACAUUAGCAAUAAAAACCCUUAGGAUUAAAAGAAUGUUAGCAGUCAAAAUUUAACUUAAGCAAGGCCGGAAAAAUUAGCCUUACAAAUGAGAAGUUAAUUGAAAAAAUAAUUAGCUAGCAAAACUGAAGAAAAAUAACAUCCGAUACAAAAAUAAACUACAGCGAAAACAUAAUCGAUAAAUUCUGAAAUACCUAAAAGUUAAGAAUUGAAACCUAAUUCUGUAAAUAAACUUAAAAAUACUGGUACUAAGUAAGGUAACCUAACAAAACCUAAAUUCACUUGA